AUGAAGCGUGCUGGACACCUGUUCACACAGCUAUUUACCAGCAACGCCUUUGUAGAGAAUGGUGACUGUGCGAAACAGGUGUUCGUUUUAAUGUCAGGACAAAAAGCCCGCGACUACACCGCAGUCCUCCAACGAGUUUCAGAUGCCUUGCCAGACAACCCCUCAGUGGAGACCAUCAUCACAGACUUUGAGAAAGCCGCCUGGAAGUCAUGCCGCAGAGUCUUCCCCAACAUCACCAUGCGUGGCUGCGUGUUUCACUUAGUUCAAGCUGUCUAUCGCAAAGUCCAGGAACUUGGUCUCCAAGUGGCAUAUGCAAACGACGACUCCACUUACAUCUUAAUACGAAAGCUGAUGGCACUACCCUUCCUACCGACCGACUGUAUCAGACGCAACCUCCGACGACUGAAAGACGACGCCACCCCAGAACUCCGACAACUCGUUGAUUACUUCGAGGACAACUGGUUAGCAUCCCCUGUCUCGACCAAAGACAACUGGUGUGUCUUCAAAGAAGCAAUACGGACGAACAACGACAUCGAAGGGUGGCACAACGCACUCAACAAGCACGCCCACGGGAAAACCAACCUCCCCAUGUACCUCCUGAUACAGUUCCUUGGAGAAGAAGCCAAGCUGGUCUCCCUACAAGUCCGUCUUGUCCGUGCAAAAAAGCUGAGACGAGUACAGCGCAGGAAGUACCUCCUCCUCCAUUCCAAAAUAUUUAGUUUGUGGGACGACUACGAGAACGGCGACAUCAACUCCCGCAGCCUCCUGGAAGCAGUGGCCAAAUUAUACGGACCCCGCGUCGAAUAA